AUGAAGUCCUUAAUCCCCUCUCAGCGCUGCUACUGCAGAGCUCUUCAAUAUACAGGUCGACCUCGGCGAUAUGCUUCUACCUCGACUGCCUCCAUAUCCUCCUCCGCCUCCGCUUCUCGGAAAAACCGCUGGUUGGGGGUCCUCUUCGUGACAGCCACGGCAGCAGGCGCUGGCGCCUAUGUUCGAUCACAAAGCCCUGGGUCCACGACCCUGAAUGAGGAUACCUUCACCAAAUACAGCCUCGUCUCCAGAGAACCGGUCUCGGCCACUAGCAGCCUGUUCACUCUCCGACCACGAUACCCCAGCGGCAGCAACUACGACGUCUACGAAAAUGCGUGGCGCAUUGGAGUAUGGAGUGUGAUGUUCAAGCAACCCCAAUUACAAAUCGGCCGCGAUUACACGCCUCUUCCUCCGACCUCUGCAACGACAUUGACGGUGGACGAGGAAAAUGAAGGGUAUUUGCAGUUCUUUAUACGGAAGGAUCCGUUCGGAGAGGUCUCCCGUUACCUGCACAGCCUGAGUAUAGGGGCAGAUAUUGAGAUGCGAGGGCCACAAAUCGAGUGUGUUAUCCCGGAAGAGACGCAGGAGAUCGUCUUCAUUGCGGGGGGAACUGGAAUUGCACCCGCUUUACAGGCUGGAUACUCGCUUCUGAGUCGCAGGAAUGUUGAAUCUCGGCCGAAGAUACACAUUCUGUGGGCUAGUCGAUUGAAGGAGGAUUGCCUUGGAGGUGUGAGUGACACCCCCAGGACUCUACCCUCUCGCAGAUCCUGGUUUCCAUGGUUUGGUUCCAAGACUAUGACCCCUGAUCACGAGGCGGUUCCUGAGAAGACGAAGUCUCUCGUCGUGAAAGAGCUGGAAGCUCUCAAAUCACAGUACCCUGGUCAAGUGAAAGUCGACUAUUACCUAGAUGAGGAAAACCGGUUUAUCAGGGGAAACGACAUCUCCGAAGUUGUGCAAUCUAGUGGCCCAUCAGAUGACUCGCAGAAGAAGCUGAUCUUGGUAUCCGGCCCCGAGGGAUUCAUCAGCUAUAUGGCAGGCCCCAAGGUUUGGGCUCAAGGACAGGAACUUCAGGGUCCAGUUCAGGGGGUGAUUAAAGAGCUCGAUCUAAAGGACUGGGCCGUAUGGAAGCUAUGA